AUGUCUUUGCUCGACCUCCUCGGCCUAUCUGAACUCAAGCGCCUCAACCCGCGCCAGAUCCUCUCGCAGGUCCUCAAUAUCGCCCUAAUCCUCUCAACGGCGUUCAUGCUAUGGAAGGGACUCUCGGUCGCAACAAACUCGCCCUCCCCCAUUGUGGUCGUGUUGAGUGGUUCCAUGGAGCCUGCGUUCCAGCGUGGAGAUCUUCUGUUCCUGUGGAAUAGGAAUUUAGACUUAUACAAGGAUCCUUCCUCGUUCGGUGGAACACAGGUCGGCGAGAUUGUGGUGUACAAUGUGGGCACCGCGAUCCCGAUUGUGCAUAGGGUUGUCAGGAAACACCAGGGAGAGAAAACUCCCCUUAACCUCCUCACAAAGGGCGACAACAACAAUGCCGACGAUAUCGAGCUGUACCCCCGUGGACAGUGGUACCUUGACCGCGAGAAGGAGGUUAUUGGGAGCGUUGUUGGGUACAUCCCAUUCGUAGGUUACGUUACCAUCAUGCUCAGUGAGCAUCCUUGGAUGAAGACCGCGUUGUUGGUAAUUAUGGGGUUCCUAGUUUUCGUGCAGAGGGAGUAA